CCCGCCGCCGCCAUGGGCACCAGCGGCUCCAAGUCGCGGGGGCUGUGGCCCUUCGCCUCCCCGGCGGCGGGCGGCGGCGGCGCUGAGGGUGCCGGCGGGCAGCAGGCCCUGGCCCGGGCGCGGGCCGCGCGCGCCGCCACCCCGUUCGUCUUCACACGCCGCGGCUCCAUGUACUACGAUGAGGAUGGGGAUCUGGCUCACGAGUUCUACGAGGAGACAAUCGUUACCAAGAACGGGAGGAAGCGCGCCAAGCUGAAGAGGAUCCACAAGAACCUGAUACCUCAGGGCAUAGUGAAGCUAGAGCACCCUCGCAUUCACGUGGAUUUCCCGGUGAUCAUCUGCGAGGUGUGAAUUGCCAGACGUUGCUGCCCCACUGCCCCCAGCCUCACCAGGCGAGGCUGCCUUGUGUUCCCACCCGAGGAGGACUCUGGGCGUGCGGCAGGGACCGUUGCUCUCCCCUCGCCCGGAGGUGAGGCGGGAUGGAGCAGGCUGGGCUGGCUUGGCUGGCGAUCCGUUCCUCACAGGAGAUGGGUGACCUUGUGCAACGACCGCUUAAAAACAUCCUUGCUUGAGUCAGAAAAUACCUUUCGUAGCCUCUAGCCGACGUUUGAUGGGUAACUGGAACUGCAAACGAGCUGCUGUGUUUGAGCUGUUAAAGGGAGAGCGAGCCUGCACUUCUCACCAGAGAAAAUCCCCUGCUUCUCAGGUAUGUGGCCCAGGGAGAGCCAGGGCAAAGGAACGUGCUGCCUGGGCCCCCAAGCUCCCUCGGGCCUGCUGGAUGGAUGGCCAGUGUUGCCACUUGUCGCUUGACAUAGGUGGUAUGUGAUGCUCUUCUGGAUGGAUCCAUUGAUGAAGGAUAAAUGGGGCAGGCCAAGGAGGGACUGGUCUUGAAGCACAUCUGGCUGGCUGCUGCGCUCCUCUUGGGAAGGGAACGGGGAUCAGAUGCCACUACCUUGGACCUCGGUCUCUUCCCCCUCUGUGUUUCCCUGCUUAUGCCUGCUCCAGGAAGGCUGGCUUUGCUGCUGCCUGCAGUCACUCUGCCUGCAGGAGAUCUCUGUGGUCCGUGGCUGCUGCUGGCAGCAGCAGGGUCCCCAGCUCCGCAGUGGAUUUGCCUCUCCUGUUAGCAAACCAGCUCCCACUGAGCACCAUCCCUCACCUGCUUCAGGGCCGGGCUGCUGGGCAAGGCAUCUCCUCAUAACAUCCUCACUCCCCGCUACUGUCUUGGACAAUCCUCCUGGUGGGGUGGGCCUUGACAUGGCCAAGCAGGAAGGAAAUCCUCUCUUCCUUCCCUAAUCCCUGAGAACAAUCCAUCGGUGUGCCGGUCCUGGCUUGGAAAUCUCCCUGGCAAUGUGAACUAUGGUUUCUCCCGCAUCCCAGCUGGUGGUAGGAGGAGAAACACGAUGCACUUUACAGGGAGGCUUUCUGCUCUGUCUCGGAAGGUACUGCUCUUUUCUCCUCUUUCCUACUGCUUGAGAAGGUUGAGGUUGUCUUGGCAGCACUGAAAGGACCUCUCAUCCCUACGUGCGAGCCCUGAGGAAGGCCUGGCCAGUCCUCACCAGUGCUAGCAGCCACUGCCUACCUGCUCUGCAACGCCGGACCAGGCGGGUGGAGGAGGACUGGUGGUGGGCACAGCUGUAAGCAGGGGUAGAGCCUGCUCCCCAGAGCAGCUAGCUCGGCUUUCCUCCUUUCGUUCCAGAACUUAUUUACUUUCUAAGCACUUCAGAUGUUUGCUACCUCGAUUUUUAAUUUAAGCUGCUGGCACUUGGCUGCCAGCCCUGUCAGCGUCUGCGUUGGAUGUAUCCAACCCCGCGCCCACCCAGAGCUGCCCGGGCGCGGGGCCACAUUCCAAGCUUCGGAGAGAUAACAGUGGUGUGGCUGUUGCCGUCUUCCUGUCACCACCUCUUCCCUCCACGUCCCCCACCCACUGUUCCCAUCGACGGGAGCGAGCACGGAGGGUGAAGUGGAUGUGCUGGCUGCCACCCAUCAGGGAAGCAGGAGGGCAGGGCUCCGGCAGGGAGUUUGUCUACACUGUGAUGCUGGGCGCUUCUUCCGACAUCUUUUGUUCUACUGCUUUCUUGAAAGAGUCUUGUCUUAAAACAGUCCCCACUGAAGUGUUUCUUACUUGUACCACCUGCUCUCGAGUUUCUCCUGGGCCGGAUCUCCUUGGGAAAGCCGUGCCUCCGGCUCCACAGGAGAGCAGGAGCUGCUGUCACCAGGAAGAGGAGAGGAGAGAAAGCCAUGGCCAGGCUGCCCUGCUGCUGGUCGAAGGGCAUGGGAAGCUGCACCAAACCCUCCUCGGGUACGGGGAAAGGCAGAGGAGGAAUGGAGAGGGGGCUGGUGCCAUUUGCCUGCCCCAGCGGGGAGCCCCUCGCUUGGCUACCACCCAAAAAUCUGUUGGCAAGGCAGGGCCUGAACCCCGGGGGGGAGAAGAGACUGAGACCAGCUUAGCAGGCAUGCUUUUGUCCUCACUGACAGGCUGUCCACCCUUCCCCCAGGGCAUCAGACAUGCUUCCCCUAAAACACACAUCUUCUCCCACCGUCCCAUGUUGCUGAUCAGCAGCGAAUCUCCACAGGCUGCCAACAAGCUGCGUCCUGCCCCAUUUCUUCCCAGGCUGGUCCCUGAGCAGUCAGCCCCCAGGCCUCCCCUCCUGCAGCAGCAGGGCCUUGGGAGCACAUGGAGGGGUCUUAAAAAUGUGAAGGUCGCUGUAAAUAGUAUCUGUGUCCACUGUGGUGUUGGAGCAAGCAAAAAACGAAACAAAAAAAAACAAAGGAAAGUUUUCCUUUUGGUUUUCUUCUGUUUUUUUACAAUUUCCGUGCGACGUUGUGCUGUCCUGUGUGGAUGUGUAUCUGAACCGUACUCACUGACACUAGGCUCUUCGCUCCUCUAGCGCGUGGGUAGGACCCGAGGGGUUGGGGAACGUACACUAUUUAUGGUCCUUCCUCCCAGUGCAUCUGUCCACUUUUGUUAAAUUUCAAUAAAAUUAUUUGUAGAGCCCACAA